AUGUCCAACUCGCUCCCGCACUCCAAGCGCGGCGGCGAAGACUUCGCCCGCACCCACUACGAUGAGAACCCGGACGAUUCUUCAGAACACAAGAAGCCGCGCUUCGAUCUUCGCAACCCCUCAGCUCUAGCUGCAGAUGCCCCCGAGGAGGAUGCAGUUUUGGAUGCCGAUGAGAUUGGUCGCCGAGGCCGGCAAGUAAGGCGCAAGGCCGUCAACCUCGAUGGUUACGAGUCGGACAGCGAUAAUGAGGGAUUCGAUGCGCGCACGGACAAAUCCAAGGGCAAAGAAAAGAAACAAGAAGCGGAGGACGACGACAUGUUCGCCGAGCUACAGGAGGAUUUCGGCGAAGAAGAAGUGGACGGCGACGAAGUUUUGCGCAAAAACAAAAAAUCCGUUCGCUUCUUACGAGACGACGAAAUCGAGGGCCAGGUCGCUUCUUCGAAAGGCGGCACCUCUUUACAUGUUGAUCUGAGCAAGGGCGCAAACCAGAUUAACGAAGAGGAAGACGAGAGUGACAGUGAGAUUGGAGAGGAAGAGCGCGCCCGCGUCGACGACGAUGUGGAUGAAGAGCUUGGCGCAGGCGCGAAAAAGAAACAUGCACCUCUUCUCGAUGCCUUCAACAUGUCAGCAGAGCAGGAGGAGGGCAAAUUCGACGAGACAGGCAACUAUGUUCGCAAAGCAAUUGAUCCAGAUGCGGCUUACGACUCAUGGUUGGACGGUGUUUCCAAGAAGGAUAUCAAGAAAGCCAAAGAAGCUGCUGAGCAGCGCGACGCAGAGAGAAAAGAGAAAGAUCGCAAGGACGACAGCGUUCUGACAUCUGAAGUGCUGAAGACGAUAAUCACUCACCUCGAACGCGGCGAAACAAUACUCGAAGCGCUCGCUCGGUUGGGCAAAGGCUUGCGCCGUAAGCCAAAGUGGCAGAACAAGAAGAACAAGAAGAACGUCUCAGAGGACACCGAGAUGGCAGAUGAGGACCCCAACGAAGUGGCCCGGAAGGAGGCAAUUAAUUCUGUUACUGGAGCCGCCGACAUCUUGAUGAGCCGGGGCCAAGUGGACAUCUACGACACAGAACGCGAAGUUCUCACGCGGCAGUACCGCUCUGAAACAGGCGAGGAAUGGGUUGAUCCUCCUUCCGGAAAUGGAGAGAGAGAGCAAGCACCUGCGAUGUGGGAAUAUCGGUGGUCUGACGCUCGAGAUGGAGGGGAUGCCCAUGGUCCAUAUGACAGUGCCAUGAUGGAUUCAUGGAAGAACGCUGGCUACUUCGGCGAAGGUGUCGAGUUCCGCCAAGUUGGCGAUACUGGCUCGUGGAGCGGUACUGUUGACUUUUUGUGA